AUGGGAGAAAAACCUGAGCAAUGUCGAAUAUUAGUCACUGGCGGUUCAGGCCUAGUUGGUAAAGCUAUUGAAAAGGUAAUUACUAGUGGAGAGAAAAAAGCCAAUGAAGAAUGGUUUUUUGUUGGGUCUCGAGAUUGUGAUCUGACAGAUUUGGAGCAAACUCGGAAACUUUUUGAGAAGAUCAAACCAACCCACGAUAUUUCUCAAAAUGUACUAAAAUGUUGCCACGAAACCGGUGUCCAAAAGUGUGUUUCUUGCCUUUCUACGUGUAUUUUUCCUGAUAAAACUACAUAUCCAAUUGAUGAGACAAUGAUACACAAUGGAGCACCACACGAAAGCAACUUUGGGUAUUCAUAUGCUAAACGGAUGAUCGAUGUCCUGAAUCGUGGCUAUGCACAGGAACAUAACAGAAUGUACACUUCCGUAGUCCCUUGCAAUGUUUUCGGAUCACACGACAACUAUAAUUUAGGUAACUCAUUUUUUGAUGACAAAUCAAAAUUUUUUAUAGAAAAUGCUCAUGUAAUCCCUGCACUCAUACAUAAAUGCUAUUUGGCCAAAAAAGAAGGGACACCUUUGACAGUUUUUGGCUCAGGGAAACCACUACGCCAAUUUAUAUUUUCUGACGAUUUGGCUCGUCUAUUUAUUUGGGCACUUCGUGAUUAUCAGUCAAUCGAGCCAAUAAUUCUCUCGGUCGGGGAAGAGGAUGAGGUGACUAUUAAAGAUGUCGUUAAUGGAAUUGUCAAGGCAAUGGAUUUUACGGGUGAAGUAAUUUAUGACACAAGCAAAGCUGAUGGCCAAUUUAAGAAAACGGCCUCCAACAAAAAACUCCGCUCCUUUUUGCCUGAUUUUAAAUUCACUCCUUUUGAGAAAGCCAUAGACGAGUCAGUUAAAUGGUUUGUGGAUAAUUACGAAAAAGCAAGGAAGUAA